AUGUACCCUUCAACUGUAAAUAAAAAUGAAACGGUUAAUAAAUCUAAAAUAUCCUGUAUAUAUGACAGUCCCUGCGACCCGAAGGACAGUGACUAUGAAAAGUUGUUUUGCCCUAAUAACGAACUUUCGGAGCCCCCCAAAACUCGGUGUGAUAGACUAAAGACAGGUUCUUCCUGUCAAGCUCUUAAACAUGCGGUGGCAGCUUUACACCCUUUGGACGAUUUCCACAAGGAGAAAAUUGGUGAAGGUUUCUUUUCUGAGGUGUUCAAGAACUAUAUAGUUUAUACAUUCACUUCAUUAGGAUUCUUUAAAUACAAAAUGUCAUGGUUUACUAUGAGCAUUUUUAGAGAAAAUCGAAUAGAAAGGAAAAGCAAGAAGGUUGAUCAUAUAAAAAGUAUACAAAUAAAACAGAUGCUCAGAAAUUGA